AUGAACUUUCAAGGCGGCGCAACUGCAAGUUCGCCAUUCCGCCAGGGUAAUUUUGAUCUUCUCUACAAUCUCUGUACUCAAGCCAGUAUACAUAGAUUGUUGAGAGAAUAUAAAGAUGAUGUGGCUUCAGGUGGCGAGAAAGAAGCGAGUGCUAUUUCAUUUACUUGGCUCCGAGAAUUUUACGUUUCGCGUGUGGAAGAAUUUUUUGAUGGAAACCAACGGUAUGGUCGAGCCGACGACUUCAUUGAACAACUCUUGUUAUCUUCUCCAUCUGUCGUCUACACCGAUAAUGGAAAGGCUGGGUUAGCAGAUCCAAUGGGGCUGGCGGAAGCAAUCAUCUCGAAGCGGCGAGAAGUAGUGGAUGAAUGGAAGGUUCUGAUGACAAAUGUCCCGACAGAUCACGCUGAUGGCAUUCGAAAGAACUUGUUGAAUAAGCAGAUGGAAUCGUGGGGAUCGGGACCCCCGUUGGGACAAGGAUUUCAAUAG